UGAAAUAUAUAUGUGUAUAUGUAUAUACAUAUAUAUACAUGUUGCCCUAAAGAAACUUGGAACUGUCAAAAGUAAAUCGUGCGCGAACAGCCGGUUAUUGAAAAACUUAUGCAUUUACAAGAAAAGUACAAGUAAAUAUAAGCUCGAAAUGUAAACAUAAUUUGUGUAAUAAAUUAUGACAUGCAAAGGCUUACAUCUUCAUAGAUAAUUUAAAGUUUACACGAUAAUUAUAGAUGAAUGUACAUCCUAACCUUAUAAUUAAUUUUUAAAAAAUAAAUUUUCAGUAACAAAGGCAUUAUAUUAAAUCAGGGCAGUUGUGUUUAUUAUUCGUUCAAGUGCUGCCAACAAUUAUGCGCCUAAUAAUAUUGUUAUUGUUACUUAUUUGCGCGAGAGCGAGAAAUCACUUUGAUGUAGACCCAUUGAAAACAAUUGUUUGGGGUCCAGGAUUGAAACCAGCAGAAGUUACUAUGCGUGCAAGAUAUUUCUUUUUACAGCUUGUAGAUUCAGAUGGAAAAAAUUUGACAAAAACUCCUGGUGAAAAUAUAGUUACUGGACAAGUAAAUGGAAAUUCUUUUGAUAAUGCACCAUGCCGCAUAUGGACUCAAAUUUUUGACUGUAAAGAUGGAAGUUUUAUUGUACGCUAUAAAGUUUUUAAUACUUGUUCUAGCAUUAAUAUUAAAGUAAAAAUUAAUGGAAAAGAAUUAUCAUUGCCUCAUUUAAAAAUCAAAGGUCCUGUUUACGAGGAGGAAUGUUACUGUCCAAAUCCAUCAAUUAUUAAUUGGCUACACCAUUAUCAAUGCCGACAAAAUUAUACUCAAAUACAUUAUGACCUCUCCAUUUUAAAUAUUGACUUUGGCAAAAUACGUCAAAGCAUUAUUAAGAGAUAUGAUAAACCUACCAGUGUCAGCAUUUGUCAUUAUGUAUUAAAAUCGAACAAAAUUUAUAGGCAAUGUUAUGGUCAAUAUGUUGGCUUUAAAAUAUUUAUGGAUGGUAUAUUGUUAUCUCUCGCACGUAAACUAGUACUGCCAGACAUUGAAUUCUUUGUAAAUCUUGGAGAUUGGCCGCUUGUCCCGAAUACAGGCCCGAUUUAUCCUAUUUUUUCAUGGUGCGGAUCUAACAAUAGUAAAGAUAUUGUUAUGCCUACAUAUGAUAUCACAGAAUCAUCACUGGAAGCGAUGGGAAGGGUAAUGUUAGAUACGCUCUCCGUACAAGGUAACACUGGAUUGCCAUGGGAGAACAAGACUGAACAAUUAUUUUGGCGUGGACGUGAUUCCAGAAGAGAACGGCUAGAUUUAAUAGAUAUUUCAAGAAAGCAUCCAGAACUCUUCAAUGUGUCUAUUACUAAUUUCUUCUUCUUUAGAGAUGAAAUGGAUAAAUAUGGACCUGCGCAAAAUCAUGUAUCAUUUUUUAAUUUUUUUAUGUACAAGUAUCUAUUGAAUAUUGAUGGCACAGUAGCAGCAUAUCGAUUCCCGUAUUUGCUUGCUGGAGAUUCUUUAGUGUUUAAGCAAGAAUCCAAUUAUUAUGAAUUUUUUUAUAAAGAUCUUAUACCUGGAUUACAUUAUGUACCUGUAACAAGUGAUCUUUCGGAUCUUGUCGAUAAAAUUAUAUGGGCAAAGGAACAUGACAAGGAUGGAUUAAAGAUUGUGAAAUCUGCCAGACAAUUUGCAAGGGAUAAUUUAUUACCACGUGAUAUAUUAUGUUACUAUACAGUUUUAUUUUAUGAAUGGAGUAAACGCUUAAAGAGUAAAGUUGAAAUAUUAAAUAACAUGGAAGAAGUACCACAACCUAGUCAUUCUUGUCAGUGCCAUUUGAACAAUUUUAAAGAUGAGUUGUAGCAUUUAAUAUCUUUUUUUCGUUUAACAUUUUCCUAUUAUUAAUUUAUACAGUGAAAAUCCACAUUGUCAUACUAGUAUCAUGUAUGCACAUCUGUUUACUAAGAUUUUAUAUCUAUCGUUUAUUUGUGUGCAUGUGUAUAAAAAAAUAAAAAGAACUAUGAGCUUCACACUUGGAAAACAAUUUUCUAUUUAAUGAUUUUUUUUCUUUUACAACACGUUUUCUUGUACAC